AUGCCGAAGCCAGCAUUUUGCAAGGGCAAUCCUGAUGAAUCAGUACCCUGCUAUUGUGAAGAGUACUCGGCACCCACCAAUAUUCCAGUUGGCCAAAAAGAGCUUUGCGCUGAAUGUUUGCAUGGGAAGAGCAAACAUCCGCGACCUCAACCACCUGUACUGCCAGUGGCUGAGCUACCAGCAGUCACUACUGCAAAGGAACGAGCUGGAAAUACAACUACUGUGACGGCUGCGAGAGAUGAGGUGAUGGCAGGAUUUCGCCCAACUGCAAAGCAGAAAUUCCCAGGCAGGAUUGUAUCCUCGAGACAGGCCAGCUCUUCAAAGCAAGGUCAUGUCCCAAUCAAAGUUGGUGCCAUUGCCGUCUUGGUCAAUUACCUUGAUGACAAAGGAGAGUUGUUGACCACAAUUCCACCUGUCAAGACAGAGAUGUCAAAGUUCAAUGUGGAUUUCAGCUUUUGCUUGGACUGGACAUUUGAGGAAGUUGAUGCUUACAUUCGAAGACUAUUUCCAAAAGUCUUUGAAUACCUCGACUCUGUAAAGGUUGGUGAUGUAAAGGGGAAGGCUACAGACAAUGGGGCAUCUGAAUGGGUGUUAAUUUCAAAAGAGAACCGCAGGCUGAGUGUCGCACCUGAGCCCUUCCCAACUGGCAAACAUCUCGAACGGUACAAAGGCAGAAGCAAUGCCCCACUUCAACAGACAAAUAUUUUUAUCGGUAUCCGGAAAUUCAUACCUGAGCAUACUUAUGCAUGCUGGGACCCAGACAUGGUCAUUAUCAAUAUAGCUGAUGACAGCGAUGACAGUGACGACGGUGAUGACAACGACCAUAAACAAGAGUAUGGCCCGGGGCUUAAAAUCGAAGACGAUGUAUUCACUCAAGUUCCAAAGAUUGUGCGUCCAAAACACCCAAUGCAACAUGGAACCCGUCAAGAACCAGCCCAGAAGAAAAUGCGUGGAACUCAUGGACGGCCCAUUGCAUCGAAAACGGGGAACAAGUCGGGAAGAUCCUCAGGCAAAGUUGAACUUUUCUGUUCAAGUGACUCUGAUACGGACAACAGUCUCAACGCCCUUCCAGCUAGUCUGAAAGGGAUGUCAAUCUCACCACUGACUCAGAAACGUGCUCCACGCCAUAAUCCAAUGAUGCCAUUGAUCAAGGACGAAGAACACCAGGAUAUCGACCUGCAAGACUUCGCAAAGGCUCAGACUCAUGUGUCCGCAAUGCCCCUACCUAAUCGGCCACUCUUCCAGCCUCUCGUUUCGGUCCAACCUACACUGAAUGACCUGUUGCGCGGCCACCCAGAUGUCAAUGAUCCAUUGUCACGUCCAUUCCACAACCCCUGGACGACGGACUACUUCAUUGGCUCUAUCAAACUUUGGCUUUAAUUUGUGCGAACGUCUCAUCAUCCCAUUUAAUUCCCCUCACUCCUUUGAAUCCUAUGUCAUUUGCCCUUUAAUCUUCCUCACUCGUUUUAAUCCUUCAUCCUGAGCCCAUACUACUAUUAUACUCUUAUUUUAAUUCCUAUCCCGCCAACUUAUUCUUCAUUAAAUGCUGGUUGGUUUAUUUGAAAAAAUCAGUUUAUCAGUUUAUCUCACACAUCCUCGCCUUCAUCGUUGCAUCCGAUGGCAUUGUCAAUGAAAAUCUCAUUGAAUUUUUCGCCAACUUGCUCUUAGCC